AGCUGCUGGAGAAGUUUGAGUGGAUGAAAGUUUGUGCACAGCGCGGAAGUGAAGAGAGGGAAGGAAAACUUUCACAUGAACUUCUGCAAGACAACGAAACUUUCCCCGUUUGAGUGAGGAUGAGGAUGAUGCCACAGAUCAGCCGGAGUGUGUGAGGAAACACUGAGUGUUACUACAUUGUGAAGACUUUAUUUGAGAGCUGAUCAUGGGACUACCGACUCUGGAGUUCAGUGACUCUUUUCUGGACAGUCCGGACUUCAGAGAGAGACUCAAAUGUCAUGAAAUCGAGCUGGAUCGAACCAACAAGUUCAUCAAAGAGCUGAUUAAAGACGGGAACCAGCUGAUUAAUGCGCUGAAGAGCCUCUCGGCAGCCGUUCAGAAGUUCUCACAGUCUUUGCAGGAGUUCCAAUUUGAGUGCAUUGGAGAUGCAGAGACAGAUGAUGAAGUAAAUAUCGCUCAGUCCUUUAAAGAGUUUGCCCAGCUACUGGACACCAUGGAAGAGGAGAGAAGACGACUGAUACAGAAUGCUGAUGAUGUUCUGAUCUCACCCUUGGAGAAGUUUCGGAAAGAGCAGAUCGGAGCAGCCAAAGAGGGGAAGAAGAAAUUUGACAAGGAAACAGAAAAGUACUAUUCCACACUGGAAAAACAUCUCAACCUGUCAUCCAAAAAGAAGGAAUUGGCUCUCCGAGAGGCUGAUGCUCACAUUGAUAAGGACAGACAACUCUUUUAUGACGCCUCACUAGAAUACGUCUUCAAAAUUCAGGAGGUUCAAGAGAAGAAGAAAUUUGAAUUUGUGGAGCCGCUGUUGGCUUUCCUGCAGGGCCUAUUCACCUUCUACCAUGAGGGUUAUGAGCUGGCCCACGAAUUUGAGCCAUACAAACAACAGCUACAGUUCAACCUGCAGAAUACAAGGAACAACUUUUUGAGCACCAAACAGGAAGUUGAAAAGCUGAUGAACAGAGUUCGCUCUGCAGACCAAGACCAGAAGCCCCCGGGCCAGUGGACUAUGGAGGGCUACCUUUAUGUCCAGGAGAAACAACCCUUGGGAUGCGCAUGGACGCGUCAUUAUUGCACAUAUGAGAAGGAGAGUAACACCUUCAGCAUGUGCAAUACAGAGGUGAAGCCCGCCGUUAAACAGAAUGGUGUCAUGGCGAAUCCCUCUGAGAAGUUCAAACUGAAGUCCUGUAUUAGGAGGAAGACCGACUCCAUAGAUAAGCGCUUCUGUUUUGAUAUUGAGGUGGUUGAAAGAAAUGCCAUCUAUCGUGGAUCUAUUUUCAGACCACUGCAAUUUUUCUAUAGAGCCCGGCAUGGCAUCAUCACUCUUCAAGCAUUGUCUGAGUCCAACAGGAGACUGUGGCUGGAAGCUAUGGAUGGCAAAGAGCCGAUCUACAAUCUGCCUGCUAUUCUAAGCAAAAAGGAGGAAACAUAUUUAAAUGAGGCUGGCUUUAAUUUUGUGAGAAAGUGUAUUCAGCUGGUCGAGAUGAGAGCAGGACUCAACACCAUGGGUUUGUACAGAGUUGGUGGAAUAAACUCUAAAGUGCAGAAGCUCAUGACCACUGUCUUCUCACCUAAAGCAGCUCCAGACAUGGAUCUGGACCCAGAAACCUGGGACAACAAAACCAUCACCAGUGGCCUAAAGAAUUACCUCAGGUGUCUCUCUGAACCACUCAUGACAUACAAGCUCCACUCAGACUUUCUCUUGGCCGUCAAAUCAGAUGAUCAGAACUAUAGAGUGUGUGCAGUUCAUGCACUCGUGCAUAAACUACCUGACAGAAAUAAAGAGAUGCUGGAGAUGUUAAUCAGACACCUGCUCAAUGUGUCGACUCACUGUGACAGUAACAUGAUGACUGUGUCUAAUCUGGGCGUGAUCUUUGGUCCCACACUGAUGCGCUCACAAGAGGAAACUGUUGCCGCCAUGAUGAACAUAAAAUUCCAAAAUAUUGUGGUCGAAAUUCUCAUUGAAAAUUUUGAAAAGAUAUUUCAUCAGGCUCCGGACCCUAAUGUUCCCCUGCCGCAACCUCAGUCUCGGCUCGGGUCCCGCAGGAGCAGAGCUAUCUGCCUGUCAUCUGGACCACGCAAACCAAAGAGUCUAUACACGCCUUCACUAUGCCUGGCGGACGCGGACAAUGUCUUGAUUGUGGCUGCAGGUGACACAUUCAGCAGCAGUUCAGGCAGCACUCCCAUGGGCAGCAUGGACUCCCUGUCCUCACACUCCUCAGAACAGAACAGCUCCUCCAAGACCUGCUCCUCUCCACAGCCCAAAGACAAGCCCCCCUUCCCCGGCCUGCGGCAGAGCCCUUCCUCCCUGUCCUCCAGCGAGCCGCAGUGCCCCACGUGCACCAGCAGUCCAGAGUCCAGCUCCAGAGAGGACACAGGCUGUGUGGAUGGAGACUGGGUGGACAGCUGUAGUGUGAGCUCAGUCACGGCCGCUGCCAGAUUUUCAGCAGCACCUACCAAAGCUCCUCACACAGGAACAAGACUCAGAUCGACACAGAUGAACUGCUCAAGUGCCCCGUCACUCAGAUCCUUACCUAUCUUAGAAGGUCGAAAGAGCUGUGUGGGGUCUGUACAGAGUCUGGUGUGUUUGGAGCAAAAAGAUGUCGCUAGGUCCACUGACUACCACGAUCUGCCAUCUAAAACAGUCCUACGUCGAAAGCUUGACAACAACAACUCCAGUAAUGGCUAUCAGAGACCAGGAUCAGUGGUGGCAUCCAGAGCGUUGCUUUUUGAAAACCCAUCUUCUUUAAAAGCCAAUCCCAUAGGAAGAGAAGCUAAAGCCAUAUAUUCCUGUGAAGCAGAACACAGCAAUGAGCUGAGUUUCCCCCAGGGGGCUCACUUCUCCAACGUGUAUCCCUCGGUGGAACCAGGCUGGCUCCAGGCAACAUUUGAGGGAAAAACAGGACUCAUUCCUGAAAAUUAUGUGGUCUUCCUCUGACAACGUCCCACCAGAGGAGGCCAAGCAUUUCAUGGUAUCCAUGGAAGUGUCAAUUUUCGAUAGAGAGAUCCAAGUAUACUGUAUAUCAAGCUUUGAAGGAUAUGUGGACUUUAUGCAUAGAUCAUAUGCUGUUAAAAAUGUUUGAGAUCAUGUAUGGUACAUAAACAAUAUUACACAAGGAUGUAUGUAAAUAUCGGAAUGUCUGAAUCCAAGCUGUAAUUCUAGACAAAUGGGUUUCAAAACUUUCACUGGAGGCUGACAUAUAUUUCAAAUUGACAUGAUGGAGAGCUGCUGACAGGAGCCAAUCUGAAAAUCUAGUGAUAUGUAACUUUAAAAACACUGAGAUCAGCAGGUGCUAAAAUGCACUUAAUGUUGUUUUUAAGUCUAUUGUCUGGCAACUUCGAAACUCGUGCAGAAAUCUUCAACUCGGAUUUCACUGAGAUGCAGGUGGGUGACAUCACGCAAGCAUGUUAGCACCCAAGAAGAUAUACAGAUAAGGUUUAAUGAUAAACAUUCACUUAUAAUAAAUAAAAUUAAUCAGCGAGUUCAAAUUCCUAGAUUAUAUUUUAAUAAAUACUUUUUAGCAAAUGUUUUUAGAGACGGGUGUUCAAAACACAGUAAAUUACACUUUCUUUUGAUAAUCAUACUAGUGUAGAAUAUAUGCUAGAUUUGCAGCAUUGUUUAUCAAUUUGUUUGCUAGGAGACAUCUCUGUUGACAGUUUAUUCAUGUGCAUUAGCAUGCAUGUUGAGUCACUUACAAAAAUGUCAGGUUUGAAUUUUUUUUAAUUUUAACUGUCAUUAAUCUCUGGUAUAGUUCACCCAAAAAUUAAAAUUCUCUCAUCAUUUACCCUCAAGCUAUCCCAGAUGUGUAUGACUUUCACAAAUUAAACUUUUUAGAAGAAAAUUUCAGAUCUGCAAGUCCAUACAAUGCAAGUGAAUGGUGAC